GCGCCAAGAACACAUAUAGAGAAGUCACGGACGUCACUCUACCCGUCCACAUCGAUCCCAGACACUCAGAAACACACACCUGAAACAUCUAUUAAUUUAUCACGCCGGCACAUGCAGUCAGACACACUGUACUUACUACCGCAUCGGCUGGAACCCAGUGUUCCAGUCUAGGGAUUUGUACUUUCGUUGGGUAGAUAGAUGCAAAUAUACUUCAUUUUAAGAUUCCAUCAAGCGCGACUAACGGCUAUUGUUGUCAUUCACCACAGGAGCCCCUGGAUGGUUCCCAUGAUGCUAAUUAAUGGGAGAUGCCAGCUAUUGUGAUGAUGAAGCCUUAUCAGCCGCAGUAACAAGACGAUUGAAAGAUUUGUGAAUGAUACGGGGAAAUACUCCAAGCCUUAACUCGAAGCAUUUGUCAGUUUCCUACAUAGGCCUACGCAGGACAUCAAUUAGAGGUUGGUAUCGCAAAGAGUGGAAUGUAAUACCAAAGAGUGCGGUUCCAAGAUGCAUGGAGGACACACGUGCCUCAUCGGAGUUGUUGUGAUAGCGGGUUUCCUGCGCUGGUCGCAGGGGCAAGUAACUCUACCGUCCAAAGAUUAUUGUGAAUACCAGGGCCAGAUUAUUCCGGAUGGGUCCAGGAAGAUUGCGUUGAAGGAAGACCCUUGCGUGCGAUGCCGCUGCACGAAAGGAGAGUUACAGUGUCGGACAAAGAUCUGUCCCAAGUUACACUGUGAUGAACAAAUUCACAAGCCCGGUAGAUGUUGCCCAAAAUGCACAUCCCCACCAUCAAGCAGAGAAAGAGACAGCACCAGAUUUAUCGAAGACGUAGCACCAACCCUGGGCCUUGAUAUCGCGUCCGAUGGUAUCAACCAUAUUGUCACUCUGCGCCUGCCUCCGCCCCCAAUGAUCCCACCUCCACCGCCAUCCGUUCUGGCCGCCCAGCUAGGCAACAACACUGAGACGCGGCCCUCCGUCGUGACAACGACGGAACACCCGUCCACAGAAGUAACUCUGGAACCACCCCAGGUGACCCGUACGACCAGGGCGCCUCCGACACCCCCGCCCACGCCCCCACCGCCGGUCCCUGAUAUGAGCACAACCGAGGCAACCCCGCCCCCUAAGCCCACACUCAAACCCACCCCAAGACCCAAACCCGAGGAUGCAUGGAAAAGGUGGUGUGCUAAAGGCGAGGCGGGCAAACGAGGGGUCAAAGGUGACACAGGGGCCCCUGGAACCCCAGGCAUGCAGGGUCCACCUGGCACAGAUGGCCCGACGGGACCACCUGGUCUAAAAGGAGAUCAAGGAAUGCCAGGACCCAGAGGGUUAAAAGGGGAACGUGGACCACCGGGAGAGAGGGGACCGGCUGGACCCCGGGGACUAGCGGGGCCAAAGGGCUCCUUUGGUUUGCCUGGACCUCGGGGACCAACUGGACAGAAAGGUGCCAGAGGAAAGAAUGGCAAAAAGGGAAAAAAGGGUGAUACUGGUGAGCCUGGCCCCGUGGGGCCGGAAGGCCCACAAGGCUUGCCAGGCCAUGUCGGCUUGCCUGGACCCAUGGGACCUCCUGGUAUUGAUGGCAGAGAGGGACCAGUUGGGCCAAGGGGGCCAGUUGGUCCAGCAGGCCAGCCUGGGCCUCCAGGGAGCCCAGGAUUGCCGGGCCCACAAGGGCCUAAGGGAGAGAAAGGAGAUCCUGAAAACAGGGUCAUGGAAGGGCAAAUCAUCAUUGUCCCCAAUGAGAUCGCCAUGCGCUCCAUCCGAGCCGAAGCGGCCCUGGUCUACCGCAUGGAUGACAAGAAACUCUACUUCCGUGACACAGAUAACUGGAACUGCCUCAUGACGGAGGGCUCCAUGAAGGUCAUCACCGGACCUCCAGGGCCUCCUGGCCCCCAGGGGGACAUGGGUCCCCCAGGGCUGCAGGGACCCAAGGGGGAUAAGGGGGAUUAUGGUGAAUACAAUGGUGACCAAGAGAUUUGUGGCAAUUCUAUGAUUGAAGGAAGGGAGCAAUGCGAUGAUGGAAAUGAUAUAGAAACAGACAGUUGCAUAUACUGCCGAAGAUCUUAUUGUGGAGAUGGCUACAGACAAGAAGGGGUUGAGGAAUGUGACACUUUUAACUUUAAUGGGAAAACAUGUGAUAACUUCUUCUCGGAGUAUGAGACAAUGGGUGCAUUACGAUGCACGGACCGAUGUCGUAUUGACACUGGGGACUGUAAGGUCAUUCGCCGACGAAAACGCCAGCUGCCUCCCGAUUAGACUUGUAACAAAACACAAACAGAAAACAAUGACUUACAAAAAAUGGUUUAUCUGAGACCAGUGGAAAUCUGUUGUCAAUGCUGUUUUGUUGAGGACCAUGUGAACAUGACUGAGGAUGUCUCUUGAAUGGACAAUUUUCCAACAUGAAGCUUUCCAGGACCAUGGAGUUUGUAUAAGAUAUUCACAGCCACAGCACCAGUGAGCCAUUUCGGUGUCUGAAAGCACAUGGUCAAAAUGAAGUGUGUUGUGAGUCACUGUGGAUCAUCAGUAUGCAUGCACAAGAUUGGCAUUAUCAGCACGAUCCAAUGCUAGUGCUGAAGCUGGUGUGAUGUCAGGUAUUAUAUCCUAAAUGGAAAUGCCUUGUUGAAUUUUUGACUCGGCUGAUAAGAUGCACACAAGGGCUAACAUUUAACAUGCACUUCAGAGUGGAAGAUCCAACAAGGUACAUUUGCAGAGACCUGCAUGGUAACUUCCCAAGUCUCUUAACUUCUGGCAACUUUCUUGCCAGCAGCCGGAUCUCACUGCAGAUUGAAACUACUCAUCACCAAAUCAAAUUUAGAAGAGUUGAAUUGACUGGAAGGAAGUAUCACUUCCGAGCCACUCUGUCAACAAUUGUCAACAAUUUAAACAGUGUUGGAAAAAUUAGUCAAUGGAGAUAUGAAAUAUUGUUUAGCAGAGACUGAGUGAUAUCAGUGCACACCUUGUCACUCUAUGGGAGAACCUACUCCAAGCAGAUGACUUAUGAGGAGUCCUGUGGCAGUAUCCAUUACGGAGCGUUGUCCAACUUUCUGCUUCAUCAAAGAAAAUCUGCGAGUCUUGAGGAUGCUGCAGAAGGGAGGAUUGCCUAAUCAGAAACCAGGGAAUGACAAUGCUGUUGGAUCUACAAAACUGAACUGGAAUUGAAAACCUGUUAUUUCGGAAUCUACGACAACCAUCGUCUUCACUCGUACGAGCGGUCACAUUCACUUUGUUUUUAAAGGCUAAUGAACUUCUUCUUUGGAUGAAGCGCCUACUCUAAGAAGCAAAGUGAGGCAUUUGCCCUUGUCAGGUCAAGUCCCUUUUUAGGUAGCUUUGCAGGAACUCCAUGUUUGGUAAAGUAUAAUACGCUUUCAAGCAAGUGGAUUGGAUAAUCUCUCGUGCUAACAUGAAUAUAAGGGCUCCAUAUAUUCUUCUGCAUAUGUUCAGAGUGUACCAAUUGUGUAUAAAACUGACAUAACGGUGUUGUUUUCUUUGAUUUUUUUGUUUUCUCACAAGUUUUCACCAGAGGUAUUUGACUGCAUCAGCAUGGUAGCCUUGUGCCACUUUUUUUCUGUGUAUGAUAUAACCAUUUCCAAAUUAAUAUUUAUAUGAUGUUUGUACGGACAGUAUUAUCUUUUUGUGAUAAAUGUCAAUACUUAAUAAAGACAGCUUUGGAAUUCAAAGAUCUCUGAGCUCUUGUAGGAGCCAUAAAACUCAGAUACUCCAUUUUAAAUAUGAAUAGGUAGAGGAAUGUGUAAAAUUGAUAUUUAUGUAUUAUGUGGCUUUGAUGGUGCUUUUAUACAUCUAAUUUACACAAUACAAAUGUAAAUAUGUUGAAAACUGUACAUGGCAAAUAACUGAACUGUUAUAUUGUGCAGAGUUAAACCAUACAAACUGCAGGUUCCCAAAAAAAUAUUUUAAGCUUAGUUUUUGAAUUUUCUCUUUUAAGAGUUAAGUUUUGGGUAUUCUUUGGCUUUUUACUUUUCUAAAACCACUGCUGUGGUCAAGAUUUAAUGCUUUCUUAAAGGAUAUUUUAGGAAUAAACUUUCAGAUGCCUACCGUAAAAACAGCCCAUUUUAAUGUAUUUCACUAUUAGACAAUUUUGCAGUAAUGUUACAUGUACUUAUGGAUGGAAUUCAAUAUCACUGUACUGGAAAGAGAUUCAAGACCGGCUUACUAGGUGUGAUCAAGACCUUUGUAUCUUUGGCAUGUAGCCUCUAUUUCAGCUUCAGGACCUUGCAAUAAUAAAGAAACACGGGGGGGGGGGAAGAUGGUUUGACUAAGAGAAGGUAAUGGCCUGACCAAUAACAUUUCAGACUGUUCAUGCUGCCCUGGAUUAAACCCCACAUUUUUUCUAUUCACAAAAAUCCGUGACUAGCCAUAUGCUGUUGAAAUACUUUUCCAAAUCAAUGCAUUUAUUUUUAGUCGUACAAGGGAGCUCUCAAAACAUUAUGUUUCCAAUAAGCAUAUUUAAAAGAGAAAGAUUUUGCUCCCAAAGGAACUACUACAUGUACAAGUAUGUACCGUAGUGGUCACUUUGCUGUCAAAUAGUACGAUCAAUAAGCCCAUAUUCCGUACAGUUGUUGACUACAGUUUCUGAAUUGUUGAAAACAUAUUCACUUGCCCAGAGGCUUUUAACAUUUAAAUCAUAGUUGUCACUGAAACUGCACUGCAAAAGGUGUACUGAUAAUUAUACCAGUGCUAGAUCACAUCGGUUCCAGGAUCACCCCUAUCUUACUGAAUUUGGUUGCAGGUUAUUAUCAGAUUUUUGAAAAA